GUACGACUACUACGAGUCCUGCUUGAACUGCACUGCAUAGAAUCUCCUGUUUCUUGAUUGAGCUGAGAUUGUGAGAAGGACAUUUUGUUGAUUCCAGUUGAGUUUGAAUGUUGCAUUGAGUGAUCUGGUGAUUGUCUUCCGAUAUCUGGCCUACGGUCUUGGCGAUCCACUGCACACGCUCUGGUCUGGGUAGUUGCUUCGUGACGAGAAGCCUGAGGCAAUGUAGUAUUUUGACGUUGGCGAGAACGAAUAAUUAUAAUUUAGAAACUGAGUAUUUGUAUACAGUUGCUGCUGGCUCUCCAGACACAAAGCUGGCGUGAUGAUGGCGCAGAGCGUAUCGGACACGGAGCACUAUGGAGAUCGGGGCCAGGCAUUCAAGCUGGACUUUCCACAACGAACAGAACCGCGGCCUGCCGCCGCGUCGAGCACCACCAACAGCAGCAGCACUGCUCUGACCAGUACAAGCGCUGUGGCUGGGCUAAACAACAGCGGACCCGGUGGCGUGUAUGCCCAUUCCAGAUUUACGUUACCACCAACUGACGCAACGUCAGCGAACAAGGCGAGGAUCAGUACAGUGACGUCAGCAGGAGUUCAGCCAUCGGCCGUGCCAGCAUCCAUUACGGUGGGACCGACUCGAUCAGACUCGCCGGUAUCGAACACGUCCCGAAACCAGCUCGUCAACCCCAGCUACUCGCCGAUCGACGCCAAGUUCGCGGUGCCCCUGUCGGACCGGCCGCAAGAAGCUUUCUCCAUGCCGCCCAGUUCUCUACCGACCGGAGCACCAACUGCUGUCACGUCGGCUACGAUCAGCGGAGAGCCGAGCAGCACGAUGCAGCGUGCAACACCGGCACACUCCGUACCAACAACACCCGUCGGCAGCGGCGUGCGAAUGGCUCGGAGCGUCAGCGGCAACGGCCCGGUCAUGGCAGACGCUCGCCACCGUGCGUCUUUAUCAUCCGUCACAACAAAUUCUGCUGCUGCCACCGCCGUCGCACCACUCACGACCGCAUCGCUGAUGGAGCGGCUGGAGAAGUACCGCACGUCCGGUGUCGGCGGCGGCGCCAGCAACAACAAUGGCAUUGACGGCGCCAGCCUGGCCAGCAGUCGCGAGCAGGACGCCAUGCAGCUGCGCCGCGUCGGCUCCCUGUCCAGUCUGGCCGCCGUGACGACGGCCAAUGGCGUCCACGCCGUAGGCAGUGCUGUCGGGACGAGUGCGCCGCGGGCCUCGUCCUCGUUUGGCCUGCCCUCGUCGUCCUCUGGUGGCAUCGUCGUCGGCACGACGCCCACGCGAUCACACCGUGGAGGUCCUCUCUCGUCCUCGUUCACGGCCGCGGGAGUGUCUCCAUCGUCGGCACGGUACCAGAGGCCGCCGUCCGUCACUCAAAGCCUUGCCGGCGGAACGCGCACGGCAGAGAUUGAGGCAAAGCUUCAGCGCACAGUACAGGAUAAAGCUCACCUGGAAGGCAAGCUGGAGGCGCUAACGGCCGAGUGUCGACUGGCCCUCAAGCAGCGCUCCGACCUGCAGCAGCAGCUCGCCACGGCGCAGGCGCGCUGCGAAGCCCACUCCGGCACGGCCGAGGCGGCCACUAAGCGCGAGCAGCAGCUGCGCGAGGACCUGGCCGACAUGUCGCAGCAGCUGCACGAGGCGCUGCAACGGCAGAGCCAGGCGGCCAACCAGCACGGUGCCGACUGGUCAACGGUGGAGGAGAUCCAGGACCAGUGUGGUGAGCUGCAGCAGGCACUGGAGCAGCUGCGCAAGUCCAGCGCCGAGCAGGUCAGCGAGAACGCCAAGCUACACGCCAGCUUGCAGGCAGCUCAGGCGGACACGCACCGCGCCGAGGAGGAACGAGCGCGUAUGGCGCGAGACCUUACGGCCUUCGCCAGUGACAAGGCCAUCCUGGAAGAGAACAAUAAUGUGCUCCAGGACCAGCUGGACUCUGCGCGCGCCGCCACGGAGAGCGUGCGCGCGGACCUGUCCGCCGCGCACUCCGCCGCCCUCAAGCUGUCCGUGGACCUGGAGCGCGAGCGCGUGCUGACCACCGACCGCGACUCGCAGCUGCGCCGCCUGCAGAGCCAGACGCUGCAGCAGCAGGGCAACAUCCUCUCGUCGCUGGAGGACUUCGAGGCGGAGACAGCGGCGCGCGAGGACUCGCUGCAGCGGCAGGCGCGCGAGAAAGAGUCGGCGGCCGACGAGCUGGAGAAGGCCUACCGAGAAGCGGCGCGCGAGUCCGCGGAGCUGUUGCGCGGCCAGACCCAGCUGAAGGCACAGCUACAGGCUAUGGAACGGCAAGCUGCCGAGUUCAAGCAGCUGGCUGAGGGCACGCUGGCUGAUAGGAAAGCGGCUGAAGACGAGGUGAUGCGACUACGCGAGCACCAAGCUCAGCUGGACAACGAGCUGGAUCGGGCCGCCCAGGCUCUAGCCGGUCACGAGCAAUCCACCAGCGCCCUGCGCACCGAGGUCUACGUGGCCGAGCAGGCAGCUGCCAUGGAGCAGGACAAGCGCCGGCAGCUCGAGGAAGACCUCCAGCGCCUGCGCAGCAACAUGCUCCAGCUGGAGGACGGCCUGCAGCAGGUACAGCGCGAGGCGGAGAGCCGCGAGCAGGAAGUCGACGAGGAGCGCCAGCGCAUUCUAGGUGAGGUGGACGAGGAACGCCAGCGCAAUGCGCAGCGCGAGGCCGAACUGGAGGACGCUCUCUCGCGCACCACGACGGAUCAGCGGGCGCGCUCCCUGCAGUUGGAGAAGCUGGAGCAGGAGCGCGAGGCCAUGCAGAGUGACGCGGCCCAAUUGAGCGCCAAGCACGCCCAGCUCACCGAGCAGCUGGUGGCGUGCAAGGCAGCCGCGGGCGAUGCCGAACGCAAUGCAGUCGCUGCUCAGCGAACGGCCACCGACGCCAACCGCCGUCUGGAAGAGGAGAGGCAGCACGCUGAGGUGCAGCUACGCGCUGCCGCAGCCACGCACGAGAUGGAGCUGGAGCGCGCGCUCGGGGCCAAGGUAGCAGCCGAGGCCGAAGCCGAGCGCGCUCGCAUGCAGCUGGAAGCGCAUCAGCAGGGCGUGGAGGCAGAGCUGCGAGCCGCCGUCGAAACGGCCACGCAAGCCCACCGUCAGCUGCAGGAGCAACACCGAGCGCUGGCCGGCAGGCUGACGGACGCCGAGAGACUGAAGGAGCGCGCCGAGCACGAGGCAGUGCGUAGCGCCAAACGAGCAGAGCGACUGCAGCAAGACGCCGCGGCUCUGGAGAACGAACUGUCCAGCGCUAACAACACACGUGCCCUGGCUGAGAACGCCCUGGGACACACCAGGCAAGAAGCGGAGCAGCGAGAGGCCGAACUCAACGAUCAGAUUGUAGCUCUCCAGGAGGAGCUUGACGAGGCUAUACAGCUGCAGCAGGCUGCCAGGGAAGAGGCGCAGGCCGUCACCAACCAGCUUGCCGAGGAGCUGGAGAGAGAGCGGGGCCGUGUGGAAGGUAUCACAUCAGCACAGGCCACGCUGCGUGAUCAUGCCGGUAAUCUGGAGGCUGAACUGGCCAAUCGCGAGUACUCCCUGGGCCAGCUGUCAUCACAAACUGCCAAUGUGCUGGCUGAUAAACUAGCCGAGGACGAAGCGGUCGGACGAAAGGUUCAGCGUCUGACCAGCGAGCUCGAAGCUGCGAAGGAGGACAACGCGCGCCUGCAGCAACAGCUGGAGUCUGGUGCCGGCAGAGACCGAGCGUCCACGUCCGAGCUUCGUCUACAAUUGCAACAGUCCACGGCGGACGCUCAGCGAUUCGCCGAGGAGGUAUCUCGACUGCGCCAGCUCCUUUCAACUAGUGCCGAGCAGGAGAAGAAGUUCGAGGAGAGAAUGUCGCAGAGCUCGUUGGCUAUCCGGACUAGUCAACAUGAAGUGGAUCAGCUUAAGAGAGCGUUGCUUGAGACGGCGUCAAAGGAAUCUACCACUUCGGAAAAGCUGCGUACUCUCUCCUGGGAAAACGAGCAGCUAGCUAUAGAAGUAGCAGCACUCAAGGAACAGAAUACCCUUGCCGAAACAAGGCACCAGCGUGAGGUGGAAAGCCUACGGCAGCCACUGCUGAGCAAUGAUGCCAGUCCGGAUGCGAGAUUUUCUUUGCUGACUUCACACGGCCUUGCUCGCAGCAAACCAGCAUUGCAUCAGCAGUUCUCUGCAGACUCGGCUGGCGGCGGUGUUACGAGCACGGACGGUCCCACGCCGACGGCGUUGUCAUCCUUGCCGAGUGCAUCGUCAUCGAUACGAGCUGCCGGUGGUAUGCCGUCGGCUGUGUCAGCGGAAUCACCAGCUUUGCCCGGUGGAUCAGCGGCGUCGGGCAUGCCAGCGAGGGAUGUCACCUCGGUACGCGGACAGCUGGGCCGCAAACACAAAACUAUUUCCGGCCUCCAGACGUGUUUAUCGUCUCUGCGAGGAGAAAUGGAGAAGCUCCAGCAGCAAAUGGCUCGUCAGAGCGAUGCCGUGCAAGCGUCGAACUCUACUUGUCGAGCUCUGGAAACUCGUCUGCGUGGUAUCAAGCCCGGUGGCAGCACCUCAUCGUUGCAUCGUAUCGGUGUGUCACCUACCUCUGCAACACCACCACCACCACAGCUCUCACGGCCAGAACGUGACGCAUGACUCUCUGCUUGAUGGUGGUGGUGUAGAGUACCAGUACACGGCUGCAGGGCUUUGUGCACUGUAAUAAUAAUGCCAUCGGCUCUGAAGUACCUUGCACACUUUCAUAGGUGUUGUGCAGUGUGCUGAUGUCAUCCUCCUGCAGCGAUCUGCAUGCUUUCUAUCAACGAUGUCAUUAUCUAUGGCGACUUGCACACUUUCAUAGGUUGUGUGCCGUGUGAUGUCAUCACCCAAGGUGGCUUGCACACUUGCGUAUCUUCUGUGCAGUGUCACAAUGUCAUCAUCAUCCGGGGUUUCUUCACAAUGUACUUGUGGCAUAGAGUUCACAGUACUCUUACACGUGUGAACUCUGCGCUGUGCGGUGUAAUAUCUCUGCAAACUUAUGUUAUGUUGACAUCCGCAGGCGUUUGUCAUAGCGCGUCCUUCCUUUUCUAGAACACCUUUAGUCGCAGAAAACCUGCAUGAUGUCCGUUAGGUUUUGCACAGAAUGAUGUCGUCACCAUCUCAUGCUGCUCCACGUCUUAUACUAGUCCGCUGUCCUUUGGUGCACUAUAGCUGUGCGACGGGCCAUGGAUAGAGACUACUAGAGCUCAAGUCGUAUCUGUCGCUAUGACCACCCUGCACACUUUUACAAGUAUCCCUUGUGCACUCUAGUCCCACUGACUGUGAUGUCGGUGGUGUUUCGAUUAUUUUUAUAUUGCUACUCUUCGUCCAUACUGUUUCUUGCCUGUUAUACCUCGCUCGCCUGACGCACCCGUACAUGCGCAUGAUUAUUUUUAUACUUUUUCUGUUUUACGUGUUUUAACUUUUUGCCAAACCAUCGCUGUAAUAAUAUUAUUGCUGGCCACCACAGUCACGUGACUUACGUUCACACAAGCAUUGCCACUGAACAUUCAAUUCACAGGCAGCCGAAACAUUUUCGCCGAACCUGAACACUGUAUUCUAGAAAGAAUUUUUGAAAGUUCCAGGACCGCGAUUCGGUCUGUAUUAGCGAUCAAA